GCUAAGAAAAUAAAGUGAAGCGCUUUCAUUAACUUUUAUUUCAUUUUUCAUAAAGUUAAGAAAAUGAGUGUGCUGGCUUAUCCACCCAACACUGAAGAAGAAAUUCUUCGUCAUUGCACCAAAGAAUGCGGUAUAAUUACGACCACAGAUGAUCAUCAAUACUUCGCGCUUGGAUGUCUGUCGUGUCCUGUAAAAUUCUUAUAUUUUGAUGCGUUCAUCGAGCACAUGCAAACAAUGCAUAUUAAUUGUGACGGUGAAAAAGGCAAUUUUAAUAACACAACAGAACAUAACGGUGGUAAUGUCGGAAUUAUUGAAAAAAGACGUCACACAGAGGAAGAGGGUGAAGACUUAACAGACACAGAUCCAGCAUUAUUGGAACCACAAAUGGUUUUGGUAAAACAGGAGAAAAUUGAUGAUGAAAAUGAAGAUGAUGGCGCACGUAUAGAUAAUGAACCAAUAUUACCAAAUGAUGACGAGAUGCCGGAAUUGUAUUACAAUGUGAAACAGGAGCAACCAGAUACUGAAAUGAGUAUGGACAUAGGUGAUUCAAGCUUUAUGGGAGAUUCCUUCGGCAGUUAUGGUGAAGAGUAUGGCGCAGAAGGUGAUGAGGAAGAACCAAGCAAUAAUGGCGAUGAUGAUACAAAUUAUGAUGAUCUCGUAGAAGAGUCCUUAUUAGAGAAUUCCUCAUCAGUGGGUGUUACUAAUCACAUUAAAGAUCGGAAAAUGAUUCAAUUCCUUAUCGAUGCGUAUCGAAGAAAUACGUUUUUAUGGGAUCACCACCAUCCGCAGUUUCGGGAUCGUAUUAAACGUAGUCGAUUCAUUGAUUGGAUCAAUUUGGAGUUCAAAAGACGAUUUAAUUUGAUUUUGGCCAAAGAUGCAGUUACCCGUAAGUGGGAUAAUUUGCGGACAGUAUACAAACGUGAAUGCAAUCGUAUGGCUUUAGAAAAAACGAACGUUAGUACGCUGUGGUAUUUUAAGGAAUUACACUUUCUGAAUCGGCUAUACGGCGGUAAUCAAAAAUUAUCGGACGCUGUAGUUAAGGAGACAGUGUAUCGUAGACGAUAUUCAGCUCUAUGGAAUGAUUUAUCAACUAACAAAUUACUGGCGUUAUUAAAAACGUAUCCUUGUUUUUACGAUAAAUACAAUAUUGAUUAUCGUAGUAAGGAAAAAAGAGGCGAAGCAUUGCAAAAAAUGGCAAUUGAAUUGCAAAAGAUGAUUGAAGUAACCACUAUACAAAUAUCAAAACGUAUAUCACAAUUGCGAUUUGAUUACUCUAAGCAAAAGCAGGAACGCUUAAUGUGUGAAAUGACCGGUCGCAUUUUUUCGCCAACCUAUAGUUAUUACGAGCAGAUGAUAUUCAUGGACGGAGAUAUAGCGCCUUUUAAAUGUGAAUACUGUCCCAUGGUUAUAAAUACGCCACGAGAGAUGGAUACCCAUGUUAUGACACAUCAGCAAUCUUCUAGCAGUGGUAGUGUUGGCGGUUCCAAGUAUUAUUGUCCAUACUGCCAGUUAGGCUAUAAUGAUUUGGAACAAUUUAAUAUACAUAAGCAAAUUCAUAUUCAACCAUCUCAAAGCAAAGAGGCAAAAUACAAUUGUGACUUAUGUACGGCGAGUUUUCGGGAGAAAAGCAACUACGACGAACAUAUGAGGCGACACAACGACGAAUUAUUGUUACCCGAUCUUAGUACUAUCCCACCGGACAGUAGCGACGAAAUUAUUACUGACGAUAACGGGCCAUUUACAAUGAGUUCCCAGGAUCAAGAGCGUAAUUUUAAAUGUGAUUAUCCAAGUUGUGGGCUUACAUUUACAACACGCACUACAAUGAUGGAUCACGUAAAGCAGCACUAUAAUGAGGAAGAGUUCAGUUGCGAGAUAUGCGGCAAAGGUUUCAAAUCUAUAAAAAACCUACAAAAUCACAAACAAAUUCACGACGCAGUCAAAAAAUACAUAUGCAAAAUAUGUGGCUCGGCAUUUGCGCAAGCCGCCGGCCUUUAUCUGCACAAACGACGACAUAAUCGUCAAAGUGAACGCAAUCGCCUCAGUUACUAUUAGGAAAUUACCAAUAUUUAGUACCGAUAACGAAACAUUACAAAAAAAAAAAUACUAACGUUUUUUUUUUUUUGUCCAAAAAGUCCAAAGUUAAUUUUUAAUCACGAAUAAGAGAAUAAGAUGUCAUUUAUAUUCAGUUUAGUUUGCGCGAAUUCUCGAUACCCCACCAUCGCAACUACCAUCACCCUACUACUAUGUAGGUUUUAUUGUAAACUUUUCAUUCAACUUCAAUUCAAAAUCUCGCGUUGAAGAUGAAUUAUUGCAAUAAUAAAGUUAAAAUAUCUCUUUAUCGCUACUGGUGGUGGUGGUGGUAAUGAUGACGGAUGAUGGAUAACGUAUGUCCCUUACUAAGCACAAUCAAUAAAUGGUUAAGUUCAAUUACAUCGAAUCACGCCAAUGAUUUCAUUUCAUCACUACAUUUCAUUCAUAGGUUGGUUUUUCCACGACUAAAUAUCAUUCUUCUAUACUUAGUUCACUUGCAUUUCAAAACUUAUUUUAAUCUGAAUUUAUUUCAUAUUCCUUACAGUUGUAUCUUUUUAUUUUUAUAAGGACCUAUUAUUACAUUAUAAUAUUAAUAAUACUAAGAAGAGGAGACAAAGUGCAUCGAUACUUUGUUC